UCUUCGAUUUCACCAGCUAGCUGCUCGAAAUCAACACCGCGAUCAUGGCACACCCUGCCCUAUGGAGAGGAAAAACGUUCUUCUAUCCUAUUGGCAAUACAUCUGCAGUUUGCCUCACACAGGAUCUUUGUCCAUCUGAAAAAGCAGACGUACUGCUUCUUGGGUGCGGUGACCCGAGGCAUAUCCUUUACACCGUAUAUACAAACAGCACUGGCUCGCAAGCGUCACGAAAACUGGAUUUCACUUGUUGCGACCUUGAGAGUGCAGUCAUUGCCCGUAAUGUUAUCUUAUUCACGCUUCUUGCCGACGAAGGCGCUGUGCAGAAAGUGCCGCAAAUCUGGAACAUCUUUUUCCACUUUUAUCUCGACAAAGCUUCCCAUGACCUGCUCAUAUCGCAGUGCAGGAAGUUGGUCGAGCUAUCCAGCGAUCUGGAUAGCUGGAACAACAGUCCUUAUGGUCAUUUCCUUCGUAUGUGCACUAGAGAUACUCUCGCCGAGCUGCGGCGCCUUUGGCAGCUCUACGUCAAGACGACGACUUUCUCUCCUGGCGAGGCAAAAGCAUUUGAAUCCGCAUAUACUGCUGACGUCAAGGCUUCCAAGGCGAAGUUCGAAUCCGUGUGUACAUCAAGCCGCGCAGCUGGGCCACUGUCAAUGUAUGCGUUCGAGAUGGCGGGCGAUCACUACAACAUUUACUGGGAGACAGGCAUAUGCUCUGCCGUCCCUAAGAGACCCUCGGAGGUCUCAUAUCCAAAUUCAACCUUAGCAUAUUCCAUGGUCGGUGAUAAAUUUGGGGUCCACUAUGGAACGGAUCCUCUCUCUUGCUUUCAUUUGGCGGAAGCGCUUGCGCCAGCUGUCGGAAGCGCUCGCCAUCCAGAGCAAGUUACUCUGAAAGACAUAGUAAAUGUCUGCAAGACGCAGUUUUCCCGGUGGUGCACUUCCGUUUCCAUGGUCUUGGGCAGUCAGGGUCCAUCUUCUCCGAGCCCGCUCAUCAUACGCUACUUUGUGGGAGACGCCCUGAGCUUUUGUCAAGCUCUUGGCUACUUCCGAACUACAAAAUCAACAUCCACGCCAUUCCUUGUCGCCCCUUGGAAGAGCGCGUGCAUCGCAUUUGAUCCUGAAGCUUACGGGACUGAUACGCAGUCACUUGCGCCAACCACGUUCAACAUCAUUGAUACGUCCAACCUUCUUGAUCACGUCGGCGUGUUGAACAUCCUCGUUGUUAUUUUCCCUAUUCUUCAGCGAACUCCAUCCGCUACGUUGUACACGGAAGGUCUCGCCGGGAGCAGCCUAGAAGAGACGUUACCACAGCAACUCUGUGGAGAUAUUGCGACUAUUGGGCUACUCCUCGGCUUGAUUCCCGUGUGCUUCGUAUCACAGUUCACGAACCGGUCGAACAUGCAUGAGCACAUCAUGCGUCUGUCGCAAAGUCCAACCCAGAAUCACGAGCGCCUUGCCUGGAAGCUGAUCGGCGGUGCUGAGAAACUCCUGACUGAUCUCGACUGCCCCAUCAACAUCGCUGCAGAGCAGCUUGCAGGCAUUUUCUUCAAUAUCUAUCUCAACAUGUUUUCUCACGAAAACAUGGCACGAAAGUUGGCCAUGGUCCAGCAGUCGCCGGAGUCAAACAUGUUGUCUGGGAUCAUUCAUUACCAUCGUCGUUCGUUUGUGGAGGUUUUGGGUGUCGUCAAGAGGAGGGUGAUCACGGACUGGGAUUCGACAAUGAACAUGCUUCAUGGCAAGAUUCAGAAAGACAGGACCCUUAUAACCGGAAUGAACUUUUACCAAGAUCUCUGCUGUCAGCUGCACCUCCUCGGUGUUUUCGAUGUGGAUUGGCUGUCUCUGCAAAAGGUGCGGGAGGUGCAUCGUGUCGAAAGGCCCUUUGUCUUCCGCGAUUGGAAGACGCUCCCGCAAAUCGUCUGUGUCGUCCUCGUCAUUCCUCGGGCUCGCCUCCAGCCACUCUUACCGACUCUUGACGAGGCUGGAACACCUGUGUUGCAGUGUGACGUCAGGGGAGUAACAACCUCGAAUGCGUUUUCAUGCAUCAACACAGUUUUCGGAACCGUCAAGAUCAGCGGCAAGGGUGAUGGAAAAACUGCAGCCAUUGAGGAGGACGCCACUAGACGGUACGGAACUUCCCCUCUCGUGGUGUGGUUCUGGGUGCCAUACAUGGUGUUGUUGGACGACCAUCGAUUGUCGGUCGUCUUGUCUGUCCUAAGCACCCCAGCGACUUGCAUGCUCGCCAUGAAGCUGGGGCUUGACCUUUCCUUAUUCCGUGCAGACAUAGGAGAUGAGAAACUUGUGCAUAUCUUGCGACAGCGUCCUAACGCUGUCCCAGAGAGUCCUGAGGAUAAGAGUAUGCAGACCAGCGACCGUCCCAUGAAGGCGCCUGGCGCCACAUUUGUGACGUUAGAUAAAGAAUGCAAGAAACCUCUGUCAUUCACCACACGGGUGGAUAUCGUCGAACCGAAGAUGAAAGCUUCCUUGACCAGCGGUGCUACUCCCACUGUAAACCAAGUUUCCAUGCAUUCAAUCGCCAUCGUUCUUGGAGACAAGUCUUUGCAAUUCCCUUUCCCGCUUCCUGUCGAUGCCAAGAAAGCCAAGCUUCGCAUUGCACGAAAGUCACUAUACAUUGAAGUGACCUUGCCACCGAAACUUGCUCUUGGAGAAACGGACACAGACAUGUUCCCUAUCAUUCCCCAGGGAGGCGAUCUUACUCUGUGGAACAUGCACCGCGUCAACCUCGACCAAUGCGUGCCCUUCAGCAUCACCAACAAGAAGGCUCUCGGCUGGAUCAACCCUCACCUCUCCUUCAUGUUUUCUGAGCGUGAAAGACGCAUUCCCCAGGGUUUGAUAACAGGAUCCACGCUGUUGGAUGUCAAGCACACACUUAAUUUCAUAUUUGGGCUCGCAAGUGGUACCGCGGAUGGCAAACCCCCUCUAUGCUACGCCUUGCAGGAAGAACAUGCUAUAUUUGUUAUGAUCUACAUCACGGAUCUCCGCUUGGACCUCGGCUCGCACACCAUGGUCGCUGAUGCUUGGGUGAUGCCGUCUUCUCCCGAGCCUGCGAAGAUCAAAGCUUUCGGCAAGGUUUCUCAACAUUUGAUGGCUGGCACCGAUAUGAAGCAAACGGGGAUAGCUGCUGAGGAGAGAAAAGCAUGGAUGCACCUCCUUGUGGCCGCAACGGAGCGGUGCCGUACCUGGGAGCACAAGACCAAUUGCGAAUAUCGCGCCAAGGGCGCUAUCCCUCUAACUUUGGAGCCAGACUGGAGUCCUAUUUGCUCUUGCGGCGCAGGGGUGGGGGCAGAGGCGUUUGUGAAAAAAUAUCCAAUGCUUCGCCCGCUUGCGCCGUAUGUGACGAGGGCAGUGAUCAGUCCGCUAUUCGCGCUGUCAUACAUGGAAAGAGUCGGUGCUCCGGAAGAUGCCAUUGCUACGAAGACUCCACUGACGCCUGCGUCGGCAGCGGCGGUGCGUCAUGUGUGCGCUGCUUGUGGAAAGGAAGGAAGUGCUCCUGGGUCCUUGUCGAUUUGCAGUCGGUGCAAGAUUGUGCGAUAUUGUUCAGCGGAUUGUCAGCGCGAGGACUGGAAAGGGCACAAGAAGCGCUGCAUAGUCCCAUCUUCCUGA